UUAGUUUUGACUUCCGAAAAAAAACAGCCGCUGACAGCCAGCUGAUCUGGUGGCGUGACGUCGUAAAGGUGCGACGCAUGAUCACGCGAUAAAUCCAGAAUGGGUACCCAAAUAAAAGAUGUGGUCAUCAAGGAUGAUGCCCCCAAUGCGCUCAUAUUGGACAAGCAUGCCGACUAUAUAGCAGCAUAUGGUUCUAAAAAAGAUGACUACGAGUACACGGUAUCAGAAUACCUGAGGAUGAGUGGCAUCUACUGGGGUCUGACCGUUAUGGACCUCAUGAGCCAGCUCCCGAGGAUGAACUGCGAGGAGAUCACAGAGUUCAUCAAGUCCUGCCAGCACGAGUGUGGAGGCAUCAGUGCGAGCAUCGGACACGACCCGCAUCUACUGUACACCCUCAGUGCGGUGCAGAUCCUGUCGCUGUAUGACAACGUUCAGGCUCUUGAUGUGGAUAAGGUGGUGGAGUACAUCAAGGCCUUGCAGCAGGAGGACGGCUCGUUCGCUGGGGACAAAUGGGGAGAAAUCGACACGCGGUUUUCCUUCUGCGCUGUCGCCACACUCGCCCUACUGGGGAAGUUGGACGCCAUCGACGUCGACAAGGCGGUGGAGUUCGUCUUGUCCUGCAUGAACUUUGACGGUGGGUUCGGCUGCCGACCCGGCUCUGAGUCUCACGCCGGCCAGAUCUACUGCUGCACGGGCUUCCUGUCGCUGACGGGCCAGCUGCACCAGCUCAACGCCGACCUCCUGGGCUGGUGGCUCUGUGAGAGGCAGCUGCCGUCGGGGGGGCUCAACGGCCGGCCGGAGAAGCUCCCAGACGUGUGCUACUCGUGGUGGGUGCUGGCCUCUCUGAAGAUCAUCGGUAGGAUCCACUGGAUCGACAAGGCCAAGCUGCGGGCCUUCAUCCUGGCCUGCCAGGACGAGGAGACCGGGGGCUUCGCCGACCGUCCAGGAGACAUGGUGGACCCCUUCCACACGCUGUUCGGUGUGGCGGGCCUCUCCCUGCUGGGGGAGGAGCAGGUGAAGCCCGUCAACCCCGUGCUCUGCAUGCCCCAGGACGUCCUGCGCAGGAUAGGCCUGGAGCCCGAGCUGCUCAGCUGAGAGCGCCCUGCCUCCCCCCUGCCUCCCUGCCUCCCUGCCUGCCUCCCCCCAGACCCCCUUCUUAAUACCGACCUCCACCACCACCUGAGACCCACCAGCACCUCUCACACCCGACGCUCACUCGCACCCUCCCGAUCACCCCAGAGAGAGAGUGUGAGAGUGAGAUUGACGGGGAGAGAGAGAGAGAGAGAGAGAGAGAGAGAGAGAGAGAGAGAGAGAGAGAGAGAGAGAGAGAGAGAGAGAGAGAGAGAGAGAGAGAGAGAGAGAGAGAGAGAGAGAGAGAGAGAGAGAGAGAGAGAGAGAGAGAGAGAGAGAGAGAGAGAGAGAGAGAGAGAGAGAGAGAGAGAGAGAGAGAGAGAGGUUAUGGUGGCUUGGGGUGAGUGGGUGGAAGGAGUCUUGUUUUAGCUAGCUUGCUCUGCAGACAACACAAGGACCAACAGCUGGGAGGCGGACGGGCCAGAACGACGGCAGUGAAUUCCUCCCCGGGUGUACUGUGUGUUUAGGGUCUAAUCUUCAAAUGAUUGGGAAAGAAGACGAGUAAAAGUGGGGACGGUUAAUAUAAAACAUUUACAAAUACACCCACCAUUCCACCUACCGUUGACUCGCUCUUCAACAGCGGUUGAACUGAAGAUGUAGCUCCUACGGCUAGCGAGCGGCUCCGUGUCGGGUAGAGCGCGCCGCCGCGCUACUACAUACGUGUUCGGUGCUGUGUCUGAGAGCUAGCCGCCGCCGCUGUGUUAUCACCAGCUCACCGUAGUCGCCGAGAACAGAACACCUUGUACUCCUAUGCGUGCUCAAGGUUGAAGGUCAAGUGUUGCACUGACCGUUAAUCAGCAAUAUGAUUGUUAUGCUUCUAACAAACCAACUUUCAACAAAACCCUGUGUAGCCGAUUUGGUCUCUUCUGAGCGGGGGCGUCGCCGAAAACGACCGCAGAGGAUCUGCAAACGAGAACUUAAUGUCUGGAAAAUGUCUGUGGGAGGGGUAUCAUUGGGUCGUAUUGAUCUGCGGGGGCCUCAUCUAUAUACUGCUACACCUUACAGCUGGAAAGGUGUUUUACUAAGUGGAGUUUGGCUCAUUUCAUGACUGGAAACACACACACACACACACACACACACACACACACCAUAUUAAUGCAGAGAACAUACAGUAGCAGUGAUAUCAGCUUUUUAGCUCCAGGGGAUUUCCUAAUUUAUGCACAGUCACAGCUACACUAAUUUAUUUUUGAUGUUCGUGUCAUUAUCCCAUUGUCAACUGUCUGUACAUCGCAAGACGGAAAACCUUUGCGUGUCAGUUCUCCCAGGGUCACAUCUGUCAAUAUCUCCACUUUCGCCAUGCCUCACUUUGAUAUUGAGAGUGGUCCAUUGUAAAGAAACAUUGAUUUCUUGUCUUUUUUUUUCUCUGUUUACCGCAUUGAGCGCAUUCAGCGUCUUAUUUGUCCACCUGUCUUCCUUAACGUCAAUUUGGUCCGUGUGGCUGUUUGCUCAUGUCUGUUUUCUUAUAACCGGAUGGAAUAAAUAAAUGUGUAAAUUGCCA